UGUCUGUACAAAUUCUUUUGGUUCGAAGUGUCCGUGCUGACGCCGGUGUUCAGGAACAUGACAAUUCACUACGACGGAUUCCUGCUGAAGACUCCAGGGUGUUCGCUGCCACUCUACAAUCCUCACCACUGGAUAGUCCGGCGGUAUUUCGUCGAGGAUGCCCCGUACGAAGCUCUGUGUGCGAGUCGCAACCUCACUGUCUUCGUCCAGGACUUCGACAGGUUUACGUUAGACGCCAAGGCCCUUCGUCGCGGCUACAACGUCUCGGAGCGUCACAUCCGCUGCUACUACCGAGAAGUGUUCAGGGAUGAAAACGCGAGUGUUCCCGACACAGCGAUCGCGCUGGGUCCGUUUGUGCCACUGCCCACCGGGAGUCCAGUAGAAGCAGAGUACGUACAGAUCUCUUGCAAGGCGAACGGAAGUCUACUGUUCGAAGACUACUUCUUCGUACCACGACCGAAGAAGCGUAACGGGUCCUUCCAUGGUCCCACGUCGAACGAUGCUGCUUCUUCGCUGAACAUGAACAGUUCCAUGAACGUCCUCAUAUUAGGCGUGGACUCGACGUCGCGAUUGAACUUCAACCGCCAGAUGAAACGAACGCGCAAGUUCCUGAAGGAAGAACUGGUCGCGUUCGAAUAUCUCGCGUUCAACAAAGUCGGGGAUAGUUCUUUCCCGAACCUGAUUCCUUUACUCACCGGGAUUGCUGGCGCUGACGCAGAGAAUCUUAUUGCUAGCUCCCAGACAGUGGAGGCGCUUCCGUUCGUUUGGAAUUUAUAUAAGAGCAGAGGUUACAUGACAACAUACAUUGAGGAAAUGCCACAUUACGGUCUCUUCACUUACCCGAACUUCAACGGGUUCUCACGCGCGCCUGCAGACUACUACCCCGUGUCCGUCCUACGGCUAAUGGACGAGACACGCUUCCACGAGCGCUACUGUGUGGGAUCACGAUUGAAGACGAAAGCGCUCCUCGAUUACGUCGGCCAGGUGCUAAAGAUAAAUAGGCACAAGCCGAUCUUCUCGUUUGUGUGGCUUAGCUAUCUCACUCACAACCACUUAAACGGACUGAAGAUCAUGGACCGAAUACUGGAAGCCUUUCUCCGAGAACUCUCCGUACGCGGCGUGCUCGAGAACACAGCACUGGUUUUCGUGAGCGACCACGGCCCUCGCAUCGGCCCGUUCAGGAUGGGCGAGAUCGGUCGCUUUGAAGACAACAACCCGUUAUGCUUUCUCGCGCUUCCUAAACGCUUCCUGUCAGAACACCCGGAAGCCGCUGUGCAGCUAGAGGUCAACCAACGUCGUUUGGUCACACACUACGACUUGCACGCCACGUUGGUGGCGCUAUCCAGUUUUCCCGCUCUCGGAAACGGUUCCACAAACAAGGGACUGAGCCUCAUAGGCCGAAUACCACCCGAGAGAACAUGCGCGGACGCCUUCGUACAGCCGGAAUUCUGCGCGUGUUUCGGCACCAGCAGCAACUUCGGGAACCAGAGAGUGACCUUGUCGUUCGCCCGCUACGCCGUGUCUUACAUCAACGCUCUCGCGGAACUGCACUUUCCCAGCCGGUGUGUCGUGUGGGAGCUUGUCAGUGUCGACGAAUCAUCGGUGCUUGGAGGUCGCGUGGCAGGCAAGGUGUUGCUCCGCGUCGCGAUAACCACGAGGCCGACUGCCCACUUCGAGGUGCACGGAUCACUGCGCGGCGAGUCGAAGUCACAGGAGAACCGCGUGGAAUUUCUCCAGAGGCUGGAUUGGUAUAGCAACCAGACCGAAUGCCUACCGGCGAGCAGGUGGCAGAAGAUUUGCAUAUGCAGGCCGCAGCUGCCGAAUGCAACUUGA